AUGUGGCCCAGCAUGAUGGUAGAACCGCCCCACGACUCCGAACCCAGUCCACCCCAAUAUACCUGCCUCAAAAUAGCUGAUCAAGAAGCUGCCGUCGUCGAGGAUGUUUGGGAAGCGAUGAUCCCUCGAAGGCGGCAGGAGCUUAAGUGGUUCAACUUGGAGUUUACGUGUGCACCUGAAAACUUUCACAAAAACAAAAACUUCAUGCAGCGGACAUUCAGAGACCGAAAGACUCAACCCUAUUGGAAAGCGAAGCUUUUUGUUAGAGCCAGGAACAUUCCUCGUCUAAUGCGACGCGGAUUUCAUCUUUCAGGGGCAGACCUGAUUCCAGGAUGUGGCGAGAUCCAUUUUGAUGAUGAAGGAAGGGCGGAAGAAGUAGGGUUUGAUCCUUCCUGGAGACAUAGACGGUGUUACUAUUUUAUGGAUGCCGCUGGCGACCCAGAGUGGAACGCUACUCUCGAGGUGUUCGCCAGAUCUCCCUCCAUUGUCAUGAAUUUCAGACUCGAGGGGAUAACACCAGACACCGUCUUCCUGGCCUAUGCAUACCGCUGGGAUAAGAAAUCAGUUUACAAAGCCUCUACACUACGCAGCAAACACAGCUUCAACACUCUCUUCGAUGAAAUGCCGACUGCGACUGGCUACGAACUAAAACAAAAUCAAAAGAUGACCGCCGCCGCCGCUGCUGCUGCUGCCGGCGGUGACGCCUCCCUCGUCGACCGUACCAAAGAGAAGGUCAAGGAGGUCGUCGCCGAGGCCAAGGACGCCGUCGAAUUUACUGCAUAG